UCUAAAAUUGAAUACUCUCCUAACCUACAUUACGAUUACGCCCAUUCUCACCCCAUACGUUUAUAUAUGUAAGUACAUAUGAAACCAUUAUAGUAAGUUCAGGGCCACGCGUCGCAAAUUGGAGUGCCCCGAAAUGGGUGGAUAUUAGUGGAAUGGAGGGUUCUUCGUCAUGGCCAGCAGGUGACAUGUGGCCGCAGAUAUAAAGCAAGGCCAGGCCCGCUCCUAUUUGAGCACUCAGCCAUGGACGUGGACCUCAAGAGAACAGCCUACCCUUACAUGGCGUCACCGGGGCCUGUACUUGUUCCAGGAACGCAGCAAAACCCGGUUUUGGUGAUCAAUGCCAAUGGGGAGGCACAGUCCAAGCUGGGACCUGUGGCCCAGAUCCUGUGCUGUCCCCAUUGCCGAUCCACGAUGGAGUCCCGUCUGGAGCCCCGAGUGACGAAGCACACCCAUGCCUUUGCCUUUGCUCUCUGUCUGACGGGCCUUCUCUGCCUGGUGCCGCUGCCCUACUGUCUGAAGAGCUGCCAGAGCGUGGACCACUACUGCAGCCACUGCAAUCGGUUCCUUGGAAAAGCUUCCAGUUAAUCUUUGUUUCAUAAAUAUCAAGAAAAACAUAAAACUUGGCAGAGCCAAGUAUAAACCCACAAAUUUCAGCA